AAAACCGUCGCUACAUUCCGUCGCGGAAAACCAGAUCUUAAAUCGGUCUCCUUCCCUUUCACCAGACAGAAAGGGAAAUAUGUUGAUUCAUUACGCGACUCAAAUCCUGACAUUACUGAUGAGGCUUUACUUCUGCAAAAGGAAGAAAGUUUUGCAUCAUGGUUUGAAAAACAUGCUUGGGAAAUUGUUGAUACACCGCAAGUUAUUUGUGAUGUAUCAAGGGGUCCUCUACCCGUCGUCAGCACAUACCCAAUUUGUUAUGUCAAUGGUUAUCGCUUUCACACUGAGACUCACGGUGCCAAACGUGCCACGUUUAACAGCGGUGGCCUACGUAGAGUAUCCUAGAGUAGCUAGUAGGGCAAAAGGAGAAUGGUUAGCUGUUUGUGAUGUAAAACCACGUGGCUGGGUUGAAACCACAUCUGAUACACAAAAGCUCAAGAGUACUGACGAUUUUGCGUACCAAGAAGACGCAAGAGUGGCAGUCGAAAUUGUUGAAGUUGAACCGCACGAGGAAGCUCCACUACUUGCAGAAGUUCCACAGUUAAUUGAUCUCGAUGAUAGUGAGGACGAAGAAAGUGAUGAUGUUGAGACAUUAAUUACUACUGAUGAGAGCUCUAGCGAAAAUAUGGCUGGUGGAGAUAAGGGUAAAGGUCACGCAGAGCAAACAAAGUCCAAUACUGGGAAGUGGAAAGAACUUUCUAGGUUGCGACAUGCCAUCCUUGGUGGUGGUAGAUCAAGCGGCACAUCGGCCAGCGCAUCUGCGAGUGCAUCAGGCAGCGCAUCAGCCAGUGCCUCAGCCAGCGCAUCAGCGAGGGCAUCAAUGUCGUCUUCACGGAAGAGGGAGCUCGGAUCAUUUGUUCCACAUUCGAGCAGAGGCUCAAUCCAACAGGGGGGUAGUUGGAAGAGCCUAAGCGACGCGACUGUGGACUUUUACUGGAGAGAGUUUCAGAAACAUGCCACUUGGGACCCUCGCAUUGAUGAUAGCGUUAUGUUCCGUGCUUGGCGAUCGAAGGCUAGAAGACGAUACACCGACUGGCUCUCAUCUAUUAGGAAUGAGAAGAAAGGAACAGAGAAGGUGCAGCCACUUGUACCGGAAUCGUGGAAGGAGUAUUGGAAGUCACCAAAGUUCUUGGCAUCCUCCAAGAAAAACAAGAAAAAUCGGCGUGGCGGUGACGAGAAUGCCCCUGCUAGCGCCACGCACACCGGUGGUCCAUUGUCUUUUCGCGAGACUCAAGCGCGCCUUGGUAAAACCAUGCAGGAGGCAGUUCGUGAAGAGGGCUUAAAUGUGACACCUGACGAGAUUUUUCUAUCUACAGUCGGAGGACAUGAUGCCAAGAAUCGUGUUCAUGGUGUUGGAGAUCUCGCACGGAGCCUACCACGAAUGCAUGCAAGUGAGGCAAGACGUGCUAGCACCAGCUCUAUGUGGGACCCUCGAGAUGAUGAGAUUCGGAGUAUGACUUCCCAAUCCUCCGACAUAGAGCAAUGGCAGCCUGAAUCCUCCACGAUUAAGGAUUUGGAGCUUGUCCUCAUGCAUGACCUUCUAGGAUAUCCAUUUAGAGUCCAUCAUCCAGAUGCCGUGGGUGGAAUCAAUCUUGUUUAUAAUCUAGAGCCGGAGCGCUUCCUUGUUAUAGACUAUGACUCAAUCCUCCAUGGUUGUGAUGCAAGAGAACCUUACGGCGCCUCUUUUCAUUCACAAGUCGCAUCAUCAGUGAAGACCUUGAAGCGGUUCGAUGUAUAUCUACCGUUGGAUUCUCCCAAUCCAAAUUCUCAACCUUACGAUGUGACUUCCCCUUUGAAUUAUGAGUCUCUUGCUCCCAUUCCAUCGCCCGAUGACAACAACCCUCCCUAUUGCGUCUAUCCUCCGCCGUCAGCUACUCUUCCCAGCCCCGGCGGCGGGUAUAUUCCGUCGCCGUCGUUCCCGACGCCGCGCAGCCCGCCUCUAAUCGUCCCGAGCCCACUCGAGCCUGUUCAUAGCCCGCCUCAAAUCGUCCCAGGCCCAGCCGAACCAGUUCAUAGCCCGCCUCCGAUUGUCCCUAGCCCAAGCCCGCCUCCAAUUGUCCCGAGCCCAUCCGAACCAGUCCAAAGCCCGCCCCAAACCGUCCCGAGCCCAACCGUGCCAGUUCAAAGCCCGCCACUAAUUGUGCCGAGCCCGGGUGAACCUGCUAUAAGUCCGCCUCCGAGAUUCCCGAGCCCGAAUGAACCAGGUGUAAGCCCACCUCAAUUCGUCCCUACUCCAACAAGGCCUUUUGUAAGCCCGCCAUACAUCAACCCGAGCCCAAGUGAGCCUGUUCCAAGCCCACCGCAGGCAGGGGGCCCAUUCAUGCCACCAGUGGUGUACCCCCCUCCGACGGUGCCGCCGCCUCCGUCAACGACGCCUCCGACGGCGCUGUGGUGCGUGGCUAAGCCGGCGGUUCCGGAACCGAUAAUACAGGAGGCAAUGAACUACGCGUGUGCAUCGGGGGCGGAUUGCGACCAGAUUCAGCCGAACGGGGCGUGCUUCCAGCCGGAUACUCUCUUCGCCCACGCCUCGUACGCCUUUAAUAGCUAUUGGCAGAGAACGAAGCAGGCCGGUGGCACUUGCGAGUUCGGAAGCACCGCCAUGCUUGUCACCGUCGAUCCGAGUUAUGAUGGCUGUCAUUUCACAUAUAUGUAACUUACAUUACUACUUGGUUUGGUACGUAUAUAUAUGUGCAUGCUAUAUAGUAGCUUGCUUGCUUGCUUAUAUUGGCUGGGAAUUAAUGGAUCGCGAUCGAGCAUGCAUAAAUCCCAUCUUCAAUGUCAGUAUUAAUGGAUACGAUCAAGCACGUAACGUAGUUCAUGUGAAGAUCGAUCGCGCGACUACAUUUUCUGUAGCAAAAUUCUUUAGGUACGUACAUACCGAGAACAAACAACACUUCUUUGAAUAUAAUGCUUCCAAGCUGUUGUGGCAUAUCUUUAGAUGAUGUUAAAAAUAGUACUAUUAUUAUUGGUGUACAUUAAGAAUUACUCUUUUAUGUUACAUUUUGUACUUGGUAUAUAUAUAACACUUCACUGGUCUUUAUUUUU